AUGGCACCCAUCGCCGUCACGCCCCCGAACCAGAACGAGAACGUCACCGACCUCACACAAGAGGGCAUCAAGUCGGCGCUUCUCAAGAACGCCCCGGGGCAAAUCAACUCGUCAUCUCUCACAAACUCCAUCACUGCCACACCACCAAACGAGCCAGCAUCCAAGACUCAGGAUGUAGUAGAAGCACCUCUCGCGGAGCUCGACGCUUCCAAGAUCACCUGCACAUUCACCAACAGUCCCUGCUCAGUUCCCGCUGUAGGAUCGGCAGAGAUGGCCAGCCAAAAGGUGUGCACCGACCACAUGGUACAAGCCAAAUGGACCGUCGAGUCCGGCUGGGAAGCACCCACCCUCCAACCCUACGGCCCAAUCUCCCUCGCGCCCACCGCCUCAUGCCUGCACUACGCAACCGAAUGCUUCGAAGGCAUGAAGCUCUACCGUGGCCACGACGGCAAACUCCGUCUCUUCCGCCCCGACCUAAACUGCCGCCGCAUGCUCAUGUCCACCAACCGCAUUGCCCUGCCUGCCUUUGAUCCACAGGAACUGCUCAAGCUCAUCGUCAAGCUCUGCGCUACAGACGGUAAGCGCUGGCUCCCCAAGGACCGCCCGGGCCAAUUCUUAUACAUCCGCCCCACAAUGAUUGCGUCCGACCCCGCGCUCGGCGUUGAACGCCCCAAGGAAGCCUUGCUCUUUGUCAUCCUGUGCUGCUUUGCCCCCAUGGGCGACAUGAACGGCGGCAUCAAACUCCUCGCCUCCCAAGACGACAUGUGUCGUGCGUGGCCCGGCGGCUUCGGAUACGCCAAAGUGGGGGCCAACUACGGUCCUUCCCUCGUUGCACAGGGCGAAGCCCGGAAGCGCGGUUACCACCAGAUUCUGUGGCUGUUUGGUGAAGACUGCACCAUUACCGAGGCGGGUGCUAGCAACUUUUUCGUCAUCUGGAGGACGAAAGAAGGCAAGUUGCAGCUUGUUACUGCGGAUUUGAACGAGAGGAUUGUGCUGGAUGGUGUGACGAGAAGGUCCAUUCUGGAGCUUGCUCGUGCGAAGCUCGUAUCUGAUGCGCCGCAGGAUCUCGAGACGCUCGAGGUGGUGGAGCGCAAGUUUAACAUCUUUGAGAUUGAAGAGGCGGCCAAGGAGGGACGCCUUGUUGAGGCGUUUGCCGCGGGUACCGCUUGGUUUGUUGCGCCUAUCAGCCAGAUUCACUUCCGUGGCAAGGAUAUGGAUGUGCCCAUGGCCAAGGGCAAUUCUGGGGCGUAUGCCGAGUUUUUCAAGAGCUCGCUCAAGGGUAUCAUGUGGGGAUGCGAUGGCAUGGAGAGCCAUGAGUGGGGUCGUGUCAUUGAUGAAGAGUAG